UACUAAUUCAAACUAGUAGUAGUUUUUCCCUUGGUUAGGACUGUGCUAACUAUUGUACAAUUAGCACCGUAACCCCUCCCGUUCAAGCAACAAUACAAAUUUAUUUUCAAGCAACAGUACAAAUUAAUCUGACAAAUUCACUGUUAUAUUGAUUUUUAUUAAUUUAAUUAUUACUUUUAUUUUUAUGGGCUUACACACCUAUCGCAAAAUCUUAGGUUCGCCACUGAUCCAGUCCGAUUUAACCUGAAAGGUUUUAUUACCUUAUUUUAAUUUAUGUAUCGUUUGUUUUUUGCUCGGUACUACCAAUUAAUCCCAUUUUUUAACACGAUUCAUAAAUUCAAUUGACCAAUCACGGAAUUCUGUCACCAACUUACUAUUAUGGGAUUGAUUAAAUAAGAAAAUCCUUAAUAUUUAAAACAAAAUAAGGUGAUCAUACCCAUAAAAAUAGUUUAUCAUAAGUAUUAUUCAUGGUGAGAAGAAAACCUAUGUUUGUUUCUAUGGAAAAUCAAAUAACGACUACUUGUGUUCUCCCACAUUUAUGGCCCCUUUGGAAUGGCUGAAUUGACAAUGGAUGGAUAUCCGAAAGAUUCCACUUGGAAUGCUUUUCAUUGACCUAGAUUCUUUUGCAGUCUUCUGCAGCCGUCUACAAAACACCUAAAAGAAAAUAUUGUUUUAUUUUGAGAUUCGGAAAGAUCGAGUUGAGGGGCCAUGGAAUUUUGUGUUCUAGUAAGAUAGUUUAUGCUUCUUCACUCUUUAGUGCUCUUUAGCCGCACUCAUCAAAAAGUUCACAUAAACAAGGGUUAAUCAAUGACCAUUUUAGUCUGCUUGCUUCGGUUACUAAACGCGCUUUCUGGCGGCGGAGCCAAAAUUCUAAAGGUAUUCCUAAAAUAAAAAAGUUGGUCGGAGACGGAGACGAUGGAGGGAUUGUCCAGUUGCUAGGGUUUUGUGGGAUUAUGCGGGGCUGGAGUAUCUUGGCCAAGGGUUACCUCGGUUUACUUUCCGCCUAUUCCUUAAAAAGCUACUGUAGCUUAUCCACCAACCUCAGUUGGUAAUGGCCGUUGUUGCUAUCCUUUGGAGAAUUUGGCGGUCUCGUAAUUGAGUUGUCUUAGAAGGCAAGCAAUUUGGGACCCCAGCCCUUAUGAGGCAGUAUCAUAAGCAGUACCAUGAAUGGAUAUGUUUACCUACCAGUAGGGUGCAGCGGGUCCCUCCCGCGGUUAAUCAAAUUGCAGGGGAUACUGCUCCCCCUUGUCCGUUUGUGUGUCGAUGGGAUGGGGCGGUUAAGUUUGCAUCCCACUCGGCCGGAGGAAUGGUUGUUAUGGACCAGCCGGGGAUGGUUUUGAUGGCUAAAGGGUUCCAUUUUGCUGGGAUUGAUAACCCUUUGCUUGCUGAGAUCCUCUCACUCUGGGAAGCGAUUCUUUGGUGUAGCGGGAUUGGGUUUGACCAGAUGCGGUUUGAAGGGGACGCGAAGACGAUUAUUGAUAAAAUCAACCAAGCGGAUACGAGGGAUAGCCGGGUUGGAGCUCUCCUUUAAGAUGGUCUGAAUUGUUUAUCUAACCAUAGUGGGUUCUCUGUGCGGUUUGUAGAUCGACAUAGUAAUAGGGUAGCCCAUUUGGUGGCUAAAAAGGCCCUUCAUUUGUAUCUGACUGCGAGUCGCUUCUUUGAUUUUAUGGUCUGGCUAAAUUUCAGAAUGUGACUGUCUAUUUUCUGAUCAAUAUAUGAUUAUCUUUUGUAAAAAUUAAAAGAUCGAGGCUCAUCACAAUCUCUUCUUCCGCUUCGGCUACUUUAAUGAAAUUGUUGGGCCAAUUUUGCUAAACUUUAAAAGAUUUGAAUCUACGAACUACAUGUUCUACAUUAGUGUUGUUUCCGAGCGAGAAUUUUUUUUGUUUGAAUUCAAUAAAUGCACCUUUGACUUCUUGAACAACAACAACAAUACGGUUCACACCUCUCCGAACAUUGUUCGAACAAGCGUGUUUGAUGUUUUUGAUGGUUUUUUGGGAACAAGCUACGUCAAUUACUCCUACUCCUAUGGAGGUUCAAUGAGCGCUCCAAAAACUAAAGGUUAUAGCUAAAUUGCAGAGAAAGGAUAAAUUUUUGACUUUGUGCGUCAAAUGUUUUGUGGAACCCGUUUACAAUCUUAGUUUCUCCUAUUUAUAGCCACUAGAUGUAACUGUCUUAGUAACCGCCUUGGUAACUGCUAGCUGACCUCUUGCUCCAGACUGCCGCGAGGUCCUCAUUGUUGCCUUGUUGACCAGUUGGUAACUAUCAUUAGGGUGGCUUGGCAUAAGGCCUGAUGAGUUGACGUCCAUCUUGUCGCCUCGUCUUGACUAGAAAGGGUUGGGACCUCCUUGUCUUAAUUCCAUCACAUUGGCCAUCCCAUCGGGCCUCCUUCGCGACCCUAGCAGCUCUGAUGAUUCCAUACUUAGCUCAUUUGAUGUCUUCGUAAAAUCUUCAUCUCAUUAUCUUGUUAGCCAGACCUUGUAAUCACCCUGAUACCUUGUCGUCUCACUGACUUGACACCCCCUUCUACCAAGCCAACCCCGUCGGCUUGGUCUCCAUACUUAGUUUUUGAUAUCUCAUCAAGUUGGUGAUACAUACUUAGUUUAAUAUCUAUACUUAGCUUUUGGGAGGUUUGAUAACUUGAUAACAAACUUGUCUUGCUGGCUUGAUACCUUGUUCCCUGGAUACCAAGCCUGCCUUGCCGACUUGGUGUCCAUACUUAGUCAUAUUUCACAUCUCUCUACCAAGGCUGCUUUGUUAGCUUGAUACCCUGUCGUUUGGCUUCCUGUUGCUAUGGGAUCCCAUACUUGGCCAAAUUUCAUGUUGUGGUACCAGGCCUGCCUUUCCGGUUUGGUACCUUGUUGGCUUAAUACUUAGCCAAUUUUCAUGUCUCUUGUAGUAAACAAAUGUCCCCUACUACUUAGUGCAUAAGGAUUAUGGGCUAAGUAGUUUACACCAACUAUGCACAAAACUCUCAUUGGCUUUAUAAAUAAAAACCAAACCAUUAGAACCCCUAACCACCCGUACACACAGCGACUAACCAUAACUUUUGAAAUCGCCAUAAGUUACCAAGUCGGUUUAGUUAAAUUUUCCUUAGCCAAAAUAUUGGCUUUAAGUUACAUAGACCACCACGUUUCACUGCCUGAAUUUAAUAAGCUAUAAGACUAGGG